UCCUCUCUCUUCACUAACUAAUAUCAAGUAGUAAUUAAAUUCUGAAAAACCAAUGCCUACUUCCUCUCUUCUCUUUUCCUUGUUAUACAUCUUAGCCUCGGUCUCAAUUACAAAUGGGGCUCAACUCAUUAUAGUAAACAACUGCAAUGAAAGCAUAUGGCCUGGUAUACUUGGGAGUGCAGGCCUAGCCACCCCCCAAAGUGGCGGUUUCCAUCUUGGAAGUGGUGAGGAAGUAGUUCUGGAUGUGCCUGAAAAAUGGUCAGGAAGGAUAUGGGGCAGGCAGGGUUGCUCCUUUGACAGUAAUGGAAAGGGUAACUGUGAAACUGGUGACUGUUUUGGCCAAUUGCAUUGCCAAGGAAAAGGUGGUAUCCCUCCAGCAACUGUGGUAGAAAUGACACUCGGAUCAUCAAAUUCACCCCUUCAUUUCUAUGAUGUGAGCUUGGUUGAUGGCUUCAAUCUGCCAGUGUCGAUGAAACCUGUUGGGGGUGGAAUAGGUUGUGGUGUUGCUUCGUGUGAGGUUGACUUGAACAUUUGCUGCCCAUCUGCAUUGGAAGUGAGGAGAGGAGGCAAGGUUGUAGGGUGUAAGAGUGCCUGCUUGGCUAUGCAAUCUGCCAAGUAUUGCUGCACUGGAAACUAUGCAAAUCCAAACACUUGCAAGCCAACUCUGUUUGCUCAUCUCUUUAAGGCGAUAUGCCCCAAGGCUUAUAGCUAUGCUUUUGAUGACUCUUCAAGCCUUAACAGAUGCAGAGCUUCGCGGUAUGUCAUCACUUUCUGCCCUCCCCAAUGA